AUGGCAAAUAGUAAUUCAAGCUCCUACACCACUGGAAUGGAGGAAACGAAAAGAUCGACAGAGGUUUGCCUUACAUUUCCUCCCAAAGUCAUCUCUCCGGGCUUGGCUACUAUACUGGUUGAAAAUGAUAAAGAUGAACAGCUCAUGACCUAUUCUGGGCCGAGGCUUCAUUGUCAGAUGGUUGUCAUUUUUGUUCUCACUCAAAUAAUUCAUAGUCUGCUCAAAAAAUUGGGACUGCCAUUGUUCAUCUCCCAGAUUCUUGCAGGAAUAUUACUCAGUCCUAUGCUUUUCAGUGAUCGACAUUCUUUGGUUAACAUAUCAGAGGAUAGUGUUUCGGUUUUGGGGACAGUGGGAGCCUUGGGUUUUGUGUUCUUUUUGUUUCUAAGUGGGGUGAAAAUGGACCUCAGCUUGACACUAAAAUCUGGAAAGAAGGCCAUAUGUAUUGGUUUGCUCACAGUGGUGGUGCCUCUGAUAUUUUGUAUGACCACAAUUAAGAAUCUUCACCCAGAAGGCAAUGAGUUUUCAAACAAAAGUUUCUUUCUCGCAGUAACAUAUUCUGGAACUUCAUUUCCGGUCAUACAUAGCCUUCUUAGUGAGCUAAAAAUCCUGAACUCAGAACUCGGCAGGCUUGGAUUAUCUGCAGCACUUAUAGGUGACAUUGUGACAUUAGUUCUUACCGUGUUUAGCCUAUGGGUGAAAACGGGAAUUGAAAAAGGAAUAAAAGAGGCUCUAAUGGAUGUUGGACUGGCUCUGCUCUUUAUUGUAAUCGUGGUGUUUGUGUUGCGACCAGUGAUGGAAUGGAUGGUGAAACGCACGCCUGAGGCUGGCCAAAUCAAAGAUAUGUGCUUUUUUAUCGUCGUUUUGGCAUUCAUGAUGUCACCUAGGUUCACUAAACUAUUUCGUGUAUAUUUUCUAUUUGGUCCAUUUAUUCUGGGCUUGGCUGUCCCAGAUGGACCCCCUUUGGGAUCCGCUCUAGUCGAAAAGUUAGACCCUAUAAUUUCAGGAUUGUUUUUGCCUAUAUUUGCUACAACAUGUGGCCUAAGGUUUGAUCCGUCUUACUUUAAGGACUCUACCAAGUUUGCAUAUCACCAAGCCAUUGGAGCUGUGGUAACACUUUUGAUCAAAUUUGUGGUCUCUCUUCUAGUGCCCUUAUUAUGCAAGAUGCCUACAAGGGAUUCUUUCGCACUUGCGUUUAUAAUGAUAUCCAAAGGAAUUGUUGAGAUGGGUUCCUACAGCAUCAUGAAUGACAGCAGAGUUAUAUCAGAGGAUAUAUUUACUCACAUGACUAUUGUGAUCAUUUUGGUUGCAAGCAUUGUGCCAAUACUUGUGAAAAAGCUUUAUGAUCCAUCUAGGAAGUAUUUAUGCUUUCAAAAGAGGACCAUCAUGAACUCCAAGCUCAACCAGGAGCUUCGAUUGAUCAGUUGCGUUCAUGUGCCAAGUAAUGUCAGUUCUAUUAUCAACCUAUUUAAUGCCUCAUGUCUGAUUAGAGACAGCUCCAUUGCUUUGGAUGUCCUUCACCUUGUCAAGCUUAGUGGGCGAGCCACACCGCUUUUCAUUGCUCAUCAUAAGCAAAAGAAAACACAGCCCAACAAGUCGUACUCCGAGAAUGUCGUGCUCGCUUUCGAACAGUUUGAGCGGGACAAUAGGGAAGCUGUAUCAGUGAACGUUUUCACCGCAGUAUCUCCACCAAAUUUGAUGUACGAGGAUAUAUGCAACCUUGCCAUGGACCGCCUUACAUCCUUUAUAAUACUCCCGUUUCACCGGAGGUGGUACAUUGACGGGAGCAUCGAAUCAGAAGAUCAAACCAUAAGAAGCCUGAACUUCGACAUCCUUGAAAGGGCGCCUUGCUCGAUAGGGAUCCUUGUUGAAGGACGCCGCAACCUAAAAGGUUCCAAUGUUAGAGAUCCAUUAGCAUCAAAUAACUCCUCAUCCUACAACAUUGCAGUGAUAUUCAUGGGGGGUCAAGAUGAUAGGGAGGCUCUAGCGCUAGCUAAACGCAUUUCCCAAGACAAAAAUGUUAGCCUUACCGUAAUCCAUUUCAAAGCUGCAAACAGCUUAGGCGCCAUCCUAACCGAGAAUGAUAGAAUGCUUGAUGAUGCAAUGUUGAGUGACAUUAAACAAAGUAAAUGCUUAACAUACAUUGAGAAACAAGUAAAAGAUGGACCGGAAACUUCAAAUUAUCUUCGAUCCAUUGUGGAAGACUACCAACUUCUCAUUGUUGGGAGACGAUACAAGAGGGAAAAUCCUCAGACCUCAGGUCUACAGGAGUGGUGUGAAUUUCAAGAGAUUGGGAUUAUUGGAGACUUACUUUCAUCUGCAGAUUUUAUUGGCAAAUAUUCUUUGUUGAUUGUGCAACAACAGCAACAAAGGACUACUUGA